UUCAAAGAUGGCGGCCUUGUCGCAGUUGCUAUUCUUUGCUAAACAAUAAAGAGAAAAUUGAUUUAACAAACUAUUUUUGUCACUUAGGUAUUUGUUUAAAAAGGAAUAUUAAUAAUAUAUUCAUAUUAGGCUAGUUAUUAUGAUAAUGUGAUAUUAAGUGAACCCAUGGCUUCCAAUGUGCAAGAUUCGCCUGUCGUUCAGCAGACGUUCGUUGAAGAGAUUGAUUACAAUGAAAUUCAGGAAUUACAGGUAGUAGGCAAGGGCGCGUUUGGCGUUGUGUGGAAAGGCCUAUGGCGGAACAAAUUUGUAGCUGUAAAACAUAUAAACUCCGAGGCAGAGAGGCGUGAGUUUGCUAUCGAAGUCCGCCAGCUAUCCCGAGUGUGCCAUGACAAUAUCGUGAGGCUGUAUGGAGCGUGCACCCAGGGAGCGCAAGUCUGCCUUGUCAUGGAAUACGCUGAAGGCGGUUCGCUAUACAAUGUGUUACACAUUCGUCCGAAGCCAAAAUACACAGCCGCUCACGCCAUGAGCUGGGCCAGACAGUGUGCAGAGGGUGUUGCAUAUCUCCAUUCAAUGAAACCAAAGCCAUUAAUACACAGGGACUUGAAACCACCAAAUCUGUUGCUAGUUUCCGGCGGCCAGAAGCUCAAAAUAUGUGACUUUGGUACUGCAGCUGAUAAAGCAACAUACAUGACUAACAACAAAGGCAGUGCUGCUUGGAUGGCGCCUGAGGUUUUUGAAGGUUCAUCAUACACUGAAAAGUGUGAUGUGUUCUCAUGGGGGAUAAUUCUAUGGGAGGUCCUUUCGAGAAGAAAACCUUUUGAAGAAGGGGGCUCAGCAUUUAGGAUAAUGUGGGCAGUGCAUACAGGUCAGCGGCCAAACUUAAUAGAAGGCUGCCCAGAACCGAUAGAGCAGUUGAUGACUCAGUGUUGGCACAAGGUACCGGCGGAGAGACCUAGUAUGGCUGAGGUAGUGGAUAUAAUGAGGGCGCUCUGCGAGUACUUCCCCGGCGCUGACACCCCCAUAAACUACGACGACCUCGAGGACGAGGACGAGGAGAGCGUGGACGACGACUACCUGCUCUACAGCACUCGCGACAGCUUCGACACAGAGAACAUCUCGCAGACACACAACCCCAUACACUUCACAGACACAGACACAACCAACCCCGUACACUACCGACACACGGGGAAACCGCAUUCACCAAACAUCUCCCCAAGGCCGCGAAGCUUCGUCGAGUCCCAAGUCAGCCGUCUCCAGAACUUGAUAGCCAAUGAAAACCAACCGAGAAAUGACGCUCAGGACCUUCAAAGGCCAUCAGUGAAAAUACCCCAACAGUUCAGGAAUACGCAUUUAGAACCCGGCAGUUCAGGACCUCCUGUCCCUUCGGAUAGGGUACAUGGAGCUAGCGAAGGGAGCACGCCCCUAGAAUCUUUGAGAGUUUUUAGGAGUCCUGUAGUGUUCAGUGAGAGUUCGUCCCCCAGAGGGAUAUCGCCAAUAGUGAAUUACAACAUCGGCAAUAUGAAUCCCCGGCAUAUAGACAUUGAUCAGUAUUGGAAUAGAGAAGACAAGUCACCAGCUAGUAGGACGCCGUCAGCAUUGAGUACCAAUUCGACGAGGAAAGAGGACUACAAUCAGAACUACUGUGAUAGAGUCAGCGCGGUCAACAGUCCUAUGACGUUGCAGUACAAUGGGAAUACAUCUCAAAGGCUGCCAGUGGAUCCUAGAUAUCAAACUCCUUUACAAAUUGAAGUUGAUCCUAACACGUGGGAGCUGAAGGACUUCCGCGACUCGCUCAAUAACUAUGACGGAUAUAUAGAACUCAAAAACCACGGCGGCUUCGAUAAGUUCAUACCAGUGGGUAACAGCAGCGGGUCUCCGCCCGCAGAGGGCGCCGCGCCGCCGCCGGCGGAGCCCGACCCCGACCUGGACUCCAUGCACAUGAUGCUGGACCCGCACCUCAGGCCCAUCUCGCCGGACCUCAGCAACGAGGAGUCCAAGCGAAUCUUCGACGAGCACAAGCAGUUGGCGCAAGAGUACCUUAAAAUACAGACUGAACUAGCAUACCUGAGCAAACACAAGUCGGAGCUAGAAGAACAAAUGGACGACGAGGAGCUCCGACAAAAACGGGAGAUUAUACAAUUAGAAAAUGAGAAGGACUCCCUAAUCAAACUGUACUGCACGUUAAAGAAACAGUUGUCUCGAGCAGACAACGACGGCUGGCUCCUGCAAGAGGAGAGGCCGCACGAGUGACGCGCCACGCGGGCGAUGGACUACCCUCGGUAACCAUGGCAACCCACAGUAAAUCCUUCUUCUCCAGUCAAUUUAGCCAAAAAUGACGGUCGAUCUCAGAAUUGAGAGACAUUUAUCUGGAAACUCGUAUAAACGUUAAUUUUAGGGUUCUAAAAGUGGUCAUAAAACUAUCAUAAAAUCUUGAGUCUUGAGAUUUACAAGAACAUUAAUUUUUUUGCGUGUUGUUUUGUUUUGAGCGUAAUCUUCCACGAUUUCAUUCUUAAAAUAUUAUGAGGCAGUUAAAAGACAGCUUGAUUUUUCAGGUUUCAGGGUAUCUACUGCUUCAAUGUUGUACAAAAUAACUUGACCAUUUUAUUAUCAAUACAGUUUACUUCAUCAAAAAGGAAAGUGUUGUGAAAAAAAUCACAACGUUUUUCUAAAUUUCCAGAUGAGUCAAUAUUAUAACAUGUACUUACUUUACUGGCUACAUUGAAACUUCCUUAAAUCUUUAACUGCCUAACAGUAGCCCUAAGUUGCGGACCAAAAGAUAACUAGAUGAUUUUGUCUACAUAUAACUCUUAAAGCAAGAAAGAAAGAGAUUUAUCCUCUUUUUAGUUACGACAACACGAAAAACAAAUAUUUAUGCUUUUGUAAUAUUAGCAUCAAAAGAAAGAACGAUAUUUAUGCUAUUUUUGGUUACGAUAACACGAAAACAGAGCAAUAUUUGAGCUAUCUCUUUUGUUAGGACAAAAGAUAUUUAUGUUAUUUGUGGUUACGAUAACGAAAGAGGAAGCACGAUAUUUGCUAUAUCUUUUGUUUUAAUAAGACGAGAGAGAAGUAGAGAAACAACUGUAUGAGAGAUAUAGAGAAAACUCUUAACGCGCAUCUUAGGUCUACAAGUAGCAUCGGUACUGACUAUCCCUUGUGGUUCUAUGACUUUUCAGAAUGUGGACACAGACCAAUUAUAGAAGGACUAGUAUAGCACCCAAAUUCACGAAUAAAAUUAUCUGUAAUUUUAUGAGGAAACUAUAAGACUGCCAGUCCACCGAAACGAAGCGGCAGCGGAGCCGAGAAACGAAGAAAUAUUAACCAAUAGUUACUAAUAGCACAAAAUCUCCGCUCCUUCAGUAGACAGGGACUUGCGAGCUAGUUUUAAACAUUCAUAUAAAAACGGUAAUCGGAGCGGAAAAUCACGUCUGCAACUCGGCUCCGCAUUAGUCCGGUUUCUCCGCUACGCUCCCUCGCUCCGGUCUGGUGGACAGGCAGCCUAAAAUAUCGAUACUAUAGAGACAGUUUUUACAAUCGCAUUAGAUCGUUGAUCACAUACUUUGACAGAAAAAUAACGCCUAGCGAGGCAGGUCAUAUACUAUAAUUAGUCUGAGGUGGACACCGAUGAGUUUAAUAAAAAGUAAUAAGAUAUUAUCCGACGAUAGUUCAACGCCCAAACCUCCCCAGGGCCCAACUCUACGCGACCGCACGGUGACGUCACGAGCGUACAGUGACGUCACGACCGUGCUGUGACGUCACGACCGUGCUGUGACGUCACGCUCGCACGUCCGCGCACACAUUCCGCACCGCGUGCAUAUUAUGUUUGUGUUGCCAUUAUUGAUAAUGGAGGUUUUGGAUUUUUCACUCCCGAUUUAUUGAUAUUAAAAAAUAUUUAAUCUAAAUCAUUAUUAAGUAUUUUACUAAUUGGUUAAGGGCGUUUUUACACUGUCGUAUUUAAUUCAUUAUCAUCCUGAUGUAAACUACAGAGCUUAUGGCGUUUGAUAAUAAGAGUAUAAAAUUGAAAAAGCCCCAAUAGCUCAGAGGUUAAUGGGCCGAACUCAUCACCGAGAGGUGGUGGUUCAAUCCCCGCUCGUAUUGUGGUACCCAUCCUAACACGGUCUUUUCAGACUAAUUGGAAGUGAAAGGGAAUAUUGGUCAUACUUAUAAGAUUUGGCAAAUAUUAAAAAAAAGAGUUUAAUCAAUGCAUGUUUGACCAACUUAUAAUAAUAAAUGUGUGUUCUUCAAUGAGCGAUUAUUAUUUGUGUAAGUUUUGUUUAUUCAUACAUUUCUUACAUCGUAUUUGAUUAUUGUGACAACCUCGCCUGGGCAUGCCGAAUUUGAAAUCGCAGCAUUACUGAUUUGUUGAAGCAAUUUUUUUUCCAUCAUCCGUUUUUUUUUUAAUUACCAGAAUUAAAUACAAUUGAGUGUAUAAACGCCCUAAUUGUGACUCGAAAUUUUGUAACAUUAUUCAUGUAAAGCAAGAAAGUGUAAAUGCUCGUCCAAUUUGUUUUGUGUUUAUGUAACUAAUCUUUUUAUGAGUUAACCAAUUCCUUCUAGUCAUAAUAAUUAACGUAACGAAACGUCGUUACUGUUACGAAAUGAAAUAGUUCUUUACAAACGUAAAAAUAUAUUGUAUCUCUCUCUCUAAAUACAAAUAACAUUACGAGACAGAACACUGUGACGCGUUUACAGAUAAUUUCAUAGAUAAGUUCAUUUUCAUAAUUUCUGUUUUUUUUUAAUUUAACUGUAAUGUAAUUAUUAUUAUUAAUUUUAAACACUAUCUUUGUUUCCUUGAGAGGCUUUGUACUUAUAUGUACUCGUAGUAUAGCACUACAUACGCGAGGUUCUCACAAGAUGAGUUUCUCGAAUGCGAAAAUUUCUUCCUAAUCCUGAUAAUAUUAUCGAUAUAUCAAUAGUGUCAAAAGUGCUUGUAAAUUGAGCCUACUUGAAAUAAAUGAUUUUUGAUUUGAUAUCAUAUUAAUGGACUAAGGACUAAAAAGUUUCAAGGAUUUAAAUAGUUCUAGAUUAAAACGUAUUUUUUUAUACUUCUGAGUAAUUGAAAUGGCUAUGCAAAAUUUAUAGUUGUCGGCGAGUGAGUUAUUUGAACGGUUCGCAAAAUCUACGUUAAUUAUUGUGAUAAUAUUAGAAUCAGAUUUUUAUGUAAUUGGGCUUUAGUUAAUUACUGUUUAAAUAAAUAAGACUGUCAAAGAUUGAUCACGUGACUCUCGUCCAAUAGAAUCGCUACCAAUAUGGCGGGCGUCUGAUACGCUCGACUCUCUGCUCCACAAUAGUUAAUCCUGGUUUACUUCUGAUAGUAGCUGUACUUGAUCGAUAUUGUAGUUAGAGGGUAGAACGGUAGUAGUGAGUUAAGUCGUUCCAGUUACAAUUGAUAGUUUUACUUUGUGUAUCUGCCAUCCUUGACACGUAAAGCUUAGAACCUGCCCUGAGGCUACGGCUUCACCGUUAUCAGAUAUAGUAUUUAGUCCGUUCCGCCGACAUAGUCAUAUAAGUUUUUGUCUGAUCGGUGUCAUUUUGAACAGAUGCGAGCAUCGCUUGAUUGAUAGCAGUUUUGGACAGUUGUCGCAUACGAAUGAUUGUCGUUCGCUUUCGAGAAACUCUCCUGUAAUAUAGCGCUUAGUGGCAUCUUUAGGAUCUAUUUACACAUUGAUCUCAUGUCGCCAAACAAACCUUCGUGUAUUUACGAAAAAAAAUAUAACGAUAUGUUUAACCUUUCCCUUUGACCCAAACAUUUUUUAUUAACGUAUGCUCUACGUUAAUGACUUUUGUUAAAAUAAAAUAUGGAAUAUGCAUAAAGGCGCUAGGCUGUCGUGUAAGUACCAUGACGUCACAUGUCAAAAACCAAUUUUCGAAUGGACCAAUGGCGAAUUGAAUGAAUCAUUUAGACAGUGAAUAAAAAAAUAUUGCUGGAAAUGUUAAUACAUACCAAUAAAGAAUACAUACAUGGAAAAUUAUCUGGCCUUAAUUCCAAUAAAAUGCAUAUUCCAUGUUGUUGGAUACGUUAUUGUCUGACUUGUUGCCAUUGUACAUUGUCAAUUACCAGCCAUCAAUGGCAGUUCCCACCAAAAAAUAUUUUUCACAUUUUUGUGAUUAUUUCAAAACUAUAUUAACAACAAAGAUAUGUUUUAGUAUACACAAUAAUUGGCUUUGAAAUAAGACUUUCUAUGGCCCAGACAGUUACUAUGUACUAGAGAAGUUCUUGCAAACGAAAAUCAUGUCACUACAUAAAAACAGCAGGGGACUUGCUGAUCGAAGUAUUUACUGAAGCGCAACUAUUAGUAAAAUUGUCUCUAAAAAUUUUAAAAUAAUAUGCUACGUUAGAUUUUGAUUAAUUUUCUUGCAAACAAAAGCGUAAGUGUUUUGCUCAACAUAGUAAGCUAGCAAGAUAUGCGUUCCGUUCAAGUGCAGCGAUAUCGCCGCAAAUGAACGGAACGCAGUAGUUAGGAGUGAAGUCUUCUCUAGUAUGUAGUACAUAGGAACUCAAUGGGCCCUGAUGAAAUUUUCAGGAAAUAUUGGUUCGCGCCAAUUAUUUAGUUUGUACCAUAUUUUUGUGUGUACAUUAUUAUAAUUAUUCUUAUUUCCGAAUUAUUUUACUUAUAAAUGAUUUGAUAGACAAAUCACUGCCUAGUUCAUAAUUUGUACAAAUUAAAAUUUCAUUUACUUUUGUUUUAUUUUUUACUAAUUAUUGUAGAAAUUUUUAACCAUAAAAAUGAAAAGCACGUUUUAGUGCUGCGAUUGUUAAAUGCAAUUAUUAUUAAAGGGAUAUUAUUAAAAUUUGGUAAUUUGUGUAUUUUUUUUCAUACAAAUAUCUGAUUAAACGAAAUUCUUGUGUGUAUGCAUAUUUGGUUUUAUGUAAGAUAGUAUUAGUAGUAUUAAGAUAUUGUUAAGUUUAAUAAAUGAUUAUCAAAUA